UUGAGCAACGAAUUUUAAUUUUAUUUUUAUAAAGAAAAAAAGAAAAAGUUUUUGUGAAUAAUGAAUUAGGAUUUGAGCAAGUUAUGUGAAUGACAUCAUGUGAUUUUAUUUUAAAAGUAACGGUUUUAUUUACGCACCGUAAUAUUAUAAUUUUCAAUUUAGGCUAAUCUAUCGUAUUCGAUAAUAGUUAACCUAUAAUUUAAUGUAUAUUUUCUCAUACAUAUAUUCCUUUUGAGUGACUAAAAAAUGGAAAUAUUAGAAGAUCCAGUAUUUAAAACAGAGUAUCAAAAAUAUAAAAUUCGUGUUAAAUUAUGGGAAAGUCGCUUUACCGCGAAACAUGGACGUAAACCAAAUAAGAAUGAUAUUAAAGAAGCUGACAUGAAAAUCAAAGAAUCUUAUAAAAUGUAUUGGAAGUUAAAAACACGUGCUUUAGAAGAAACACUUACAGAUAUUUCAUUUUCUGAUGAAGUAGAAAAUAAUAUUCCUACAAAAACUACAAUGUAUAUAUCACCUAAAGAAAUUAAAGAUGAAAAUAAAUCUUUAAAGGAUAAUAAUAAACAAAUUGUAGAAAAUACAAAUGAAAAAGAUAAAAAAGAUAUGGAAAAUACAAAUGAAAAAGAUAUAAAAAAUACAAGUUUACAGGAAAUAGAAAAUAUGAAGAAAGAUACAGAAAAUAUAGAUCCAGAGAAAUAUCAAAAUCAAUAUCAAAAUCAAUAUAAUAAUAUCACAAUAGAUGAAAAAGAAUGUAAAAAUGUAAAAGAUGUAUGGGGCAAUCAUUUGCAAAGAAACAAUGAAAAGAUGCCCCAAAAAAAAGAGACAUUACUUAUAGGUAAAUCAUCAUCUUUCCAAUUAUCACAAAAUAAAUUUACAAACUCAAACUUUACAAAAAGAAAUCCUAGAAAAUCAUUAUCUGCAACAAAAAUAAAAAGUAAGACUGAAAAAGAUAAUGACAUUAUCUCAAAUACAUUGGAACAAAAUACAAACAAAGAACUAAAUAAUAAAGAUAAUUCUAAUAUUGAAGAAACAAAAUCUAUAUUUGGUGAGUCAAUGAAAAUAACUUAUAUGGAGCCUACAUCUAUAAUUCAUUCAAUUGGUACAGUACAACAAUUAAUUGAGGGACAUACUAUUAAUAGAAAUUUAAAUCCUGGUUGGUUAAAUAGAUGUGCCAAACAAAAUAAUUUGGAAUAUCCAGUAUUUGAUUCACAGAGACUUUCUGGAACAAGUGAUUCUGGAAUUGAAUCAACAGAAUCAAGUAUUUAUUCACCAAAAGAAAAUAUAAUAUUGUCAUUACCACAAAAAUCUUUUGAGAUAUCAGAUGAAGAAGAUUUUGUUUGUAAUAGUGAUUCAGAAGAAGGACAUAAAAAUAAACGUAUCAGAAAUUUUAAAAAAGAAUUUAGUGAUCAAGAAACUUAUUCUUUCAAAAGAAUGUGUCUUGAAAAUUGUACAAAUACUUCAACACUAAGUAAAAUAAAUGUACAAACAAUACAUUCUAUUGAAGAUGUAAAUACGAAUUUUAAUGAAGAAAAAUAUAAUGUAGUUCUAAGUAAAAAUAAUAGUAUAAAUAAUAAUAUAAAUAUUCAAACAAAUUUGUUUAAUAAUAUUGACAAAUGUAAUGAAAAAAUAAAAUAUGUACCAAAAAUAGAAACAAAUAUACAUGAUGAAGAGAAUACAGAAAAAUCAUCUAAAGAGAGAUUAGUAAAUCACAAAAUACAAAGAAAAUUUAAACAUAUCUCAUCUGAUGAUUCAGAUCUUGAAAAUGAUGAAAAGAAAAAGAAAAACAAGAAAAAAAUAUCAAAAACAAAACGAAUAAGUACAAGAAAGAAUAAAUCUACCAAAGAAUCAUCAACAAAGGAAAUAAAAACUAGAAUUAGAAAAAGAUCUUCUAGGAAAAAAAAAGAUAUACAAGAUGAAGAUGAUUUCUUUGAAACUGGCAAUGUAAAUCACGAAACUACGAAAUCACGAAAUUAUGAAAAUAAAAAAUCUGAAAUAUAUGGAAUAGAAACUUUAGAAGCUGUUCCACGUUUUGCAAUAUAUAAAAAUUGUCAAGGAGAUCUUAUUGAACAAUUUACCAAAUCUGUUUCUUUAAAAACUAAUGAUUUAAAUUCUAUUAAAUCUAUAAUAAAAUCAAGAGGACAAUUAACAGAUAAAGAAAAAUUGGAAAAGAAAAUAGCAGAAGGAAAAACAAACGAAAAUUUUGUUAGAAUAAAUUUAAAGAAAAAAGUAUUUGUGCGUGGUAAAAAACAUUUUAAUUUCUCAAAAUAUAAAAAAAACCAAUGGAAACAAAGAAAAAAAGAUCUUGGAUCUAGUGAAAAUAGUUUAGCAGUAGCUGAUUUUGUUGAAAAAAAUAAUGUAUCGACUUGUUUUAAAUGUCAAAGUAUCGGUCAUUUUGCAAAAAAUUGUCCAAAUGCAAAGAAUGACGAUUUAAUACCAAUAAAUGAGAUAGAUGAAAGUUCACAAUUUCCAACUUUAGAAGAAGCUGAACAAAUGGCCAGUCAAAAUGCAAUUAUAGCACAUGCUAAUAGAAUCGAUCGUUUGCCAGAAAUACCAUCGUUUUCUUCUAAAAUACAGUAUGAAUCAACAAUAAAUGAAAUCAAGGAUGAAACUAAUAAUGACGAUUUAUGGGAACCUAUUGAAGACGAAGAAAUUUUAUGCGGACAUAAAAUUCCUGAUGAUUUAAUACAAAAAUUAUUACCACCAGAAAUUGGUACAGUACAGCCAUUGUAUAAACUUAAGGACGAUCAAUCAUGUAUAGAAACACCAACUGAAGUUUUUGAUGCAUUGCAAAAAUUUGGUCACACAACGUUUAGACAUGGCCAAGAAAAAGCUAUAAUGAGAAUACUUUCUGGUCAAUCAACUUUAGUAACUUUAUCUACUGGUUCCGGAAAAUCUUUAUGUUACCAGUUACCUGCAUAUCUUUAUUCUCAAUAUUCCAAUUGUAUUACUUUAGUUAUAUCACCAUUAGUAUCCUUAAUGGAUGAUCAAGUAACUGGUGUUCCAUCUUUUUUAUCAGCAGCUUGUUUGCAUACUAAUCAAACUCAAAAAGUAAGAGAUAAUACUAUGAAAAUGAUCAAACAAGGAAGAAUAAAUAUUUUGCUAAUCUCUCCAGAAGCUGUAGUAGCUGGAGAAAAAUCAACAGGAUUUGGAGCAUUGUUAAGGGAGCUACCACCAAUUGCUUUUGCAUGUAUAGACGAAGCUCAUUGCAUUUCGCAAUGGUCUCAUAAUUUCCGUCCAUCUUAUCUUAUGGUUUGUCGAGUACUUAAAGAAAAAUUAGGUGUUAAAACAGUAUUAGCUCUUACUGCUACUGCAAGAAAAGCUACAGCAGAAAGCAUAGUAAGUCAUUUAGGUAUACAAGAUGGAAUUGCAGGUGUUAUUUCUGAUAUUCCAAUACCUAAAAAUCUAUUGUUAACAAUUUCUAAAGAUGAAAAUAGAGAUCAGGCUUUAAUCAAAUUAUUACAAAGUGAAAGAUUUCAAGAAUGUAAUUCGAUUAUUAUUUAUUGUACUCGUCGAGAAGAAUGCGUAAGAAUUGCCGGUUUUCUGAGGAUUUCCUUGCAGAAUGUCAAUAAUUCUGAGAAGCCAAACAAUAAAAUAUCUUUUAUUGCGGAAGCAUAUCAUGCUGGUUUAUCAGCUCAUCGUCGAAAAAUUGUACAGAAAGCAUUCAUGAAUGGACAAACUAGAAUUGUUGUUGCUACUGUAGCUUUUGGUAUGGGUAUUAAUAAACCAGAUAUUCGUGCUGUUAUUCAUUAUAAUAUGCCUGGAAGUUUCGAAAACUACAUUCAAGAAGUUGGAAGGGCUGGACGAGAUGGACUUAUAGCGCAUUGUCAUUUAUUCUUAAAUCCAACAGAAGAUAAGGAUAAGUUGGAAUUGCGUCGGCACAUUUAUGCAAAUGGAGUAGAUAGGCAUACAAUUAGACGUUUACUUCAAAAAGUUUUUGUUUCGUGUUCAUGUUCAAAAUUACGAGAAAAAAUAGCAAAUAGUAGAUGUCCUGGUCAUGAAGUUGCUAUACCAGUUGAUGACACAGUUAUGGCUUUAGAUAUUUCAGAAGAAAUAAUUUCAACACUUUUAUGUUAUCUUGAAUUACAUCCUAAAAAAUUUGUUAGUGUUCUUUCAUCCGUAUAUGUUAGAGCUAGAGUUUCAAGUUAUAAUGGAUCUCAAGGAUUAAAACAAGCUGCUCAAACAUCACCACCACUUGCUAUGGCAAUAGCAUUAGAUUUAAAAAAUGGUAUUUCUCAUGAAAAAGAUAAUGUUAUUGAAUUUCCUGUUGUGGAUGUUGCAUCUGCUAUAGGUUGGGAUAGUGGUGUAGUAAAAAGCCAUCUUAAAAAUUUGGAAUGGAAAACAGUUAAUGGGAUUCCAAAACGUUCAACUCUUUCGGUAAAAUAUGAUAAACUUGGUUUAAGAGUAAAAGCUCCAGGAGAUUUAACGGAAUUAGAACUAGAUGAAGCACUUGAUGCUUUAGUUUACCGUGUGCAAUCUCAAGAAUCUUCAGCGUUACAACAACUUGAAACAAUUGGUGUUAUACUUCAUAAAUUCAGUGUAUCAUCUAUAAAUGAGUGUCUAAUAGUGAAUGAUAAUAUAACUAAUAAUUCUAAUCGAUUAAAAGAUGUUAUUCGCAGUUACUUCGACGGAGAAGUUUUAUUAGAUAUCGAUUUCAACAAACAGAAUAUAAUAGAAAACGAAGCACAAAUAGCUUGUGAUGUACGUAAUUUGAUUGUAAGUUAUCGUGAUAAUAAUUUCACUGGACGUGCAGUCGCUCGAAUCUUUCAUGGCAUACAAAGUCCGAAUUAUCCUGCUUAUGUAUGGAAUAAAUGCCGGUUUUGGCGAGUUCAUCUUUCAUGUAAUUUCAAUGUUUUGUGUCAAAUUGCAACAAAAGAAAUUUUAGCUUUACGCUAAUAAUAUUGUUUUCAAUGAGUUUAAAACGAAUAAAUAAAUUCUUCAACAUUAGCUUGUUAUAGUAUUAUAAAUAUUUGUUAGAUAUUAUAAAUAUUUGAUUAUCUUUUAAUAUUUAAUCUAUGAAUGUUUGCGCUGGGCGAAAUUUAAAGGUAUAUUAUAGAUCUAAGAGAUGGAUUUAUAAAUUCGACACAUAUUGACUGAAUAAUUUUAUUUUAAAAACAUAGAUAAUUAAAUAUUAUAUAACACUUUAUUGUAUCCAUAACAAGUGACAAAAUUCAUCAUAUACAAAAUAUUUACUCGAACGUGAUUUAAAAGAGUAACUUAUUUUUUUACAUUUAUAGAAUAAAUUUUAUAAAUAGUUUUUUAAAAAAAAUGGUAAUGCAAUAAUUAUUUUUUUUCAUCGUUGUAAUUU